GGCGAGCGAAGCUGGCCUGGAAGCGCGAACGAAAUAGACACAUUUGAAAUCUGAAAUUUUCAAAAUGCAGAACGUGAAGAUGAAAAAGAUCGGACGACCUAACAACGUCACUGUCGAAAUUGAGGACGACGAAUUCCUAUCACAGCUAGCGGCGGUGGAGGCCGACUUCGUCUCUAACAAACGCCCGAAGCUUCUUCGCGCCGCUGAGGAAGGACUAUACACCGCUGCUUUGAAGGGAAGCAAUAGCUUUCCCGCCACUGCAGCAGCCAAAGGAAGAAAUGACGGCGCUCCGGCUCCGGUGGGUGCCGGCGGCUCCUGCUUCAAAUGUGGAAGGUCAGGUCACUGGGCUCGCGACUGUGUGGAAUCGGCACCUGGAGCACAUGGUGGAGGGCAUAUUAGUGAUUUUGGGAAGGACGCUGACGUAGUCGAUAAAGCUUGCCCCUGUGGAAUGGGAACUUGUUUGAUCUUGACGGCCAACACGGAGAAAAAUCGAGGUCGCAAGUUUUACAAGUGCCCUGUCAGAGAGGAGAGUGGGGGCUGUGGCUUCUUUGAAUGGUGUGACAAUGCUGUUGGAACUAGAAUGACUUCUGGGGGCAACCAAAGUUCAGUGCCUGAUUCAUUGUUUCAAUCUAUUCACUGUCCUUGUGGUGCUGGAGCUUGCCUGAUUCUAACAGCCAAAAGUGGUAAAAAUUAUGGCCAACAAUUUUAUCGCUGUCCAAGAAACCAGGCUGAUUCUUGUGGUUUCUUCAAGUGGUGCAAUGAGCUUUCCGUUGGAGAUGCUGUAUCAGCCAGUCCCUACAAGGGCAAUUACAAUAUGAGAGAGAAAAGCAAACUAAGCUCUGAUUCAGGAAGCCGUUCAGCAUGUUUCAGAUGUGGCAAGGAAGGGCAUUGGGCAAAAGAUUGUACCAUGGCCCCACUGAAUGCUCCUGCAGGGGGGCAAAGAUCUGCUGCAUCGAACAACACUUGUUACAAAUGUAACCAGGCUGGACAUUGGGCAAAGGAUUGCUCCUCAAAUUAGUUGGUAAACCAGCAAAGGAAGCAUUAGACACCACUUUACUCCUUGUCAAGACCUUGCCAUCAUGUCUGUAUAUAUUUAGUGACUAUGAUUACGUUUUGAAAUCUUUUUGGUGCCUACGUGCAGAAGCAGAAUUUUGUUUUGUACAAGCUAGUGGAACUAAAUCAGGUUUUGAAUUUCACUCAGUCUUCCUGUUCAUGAUGUUUUUGACUCAUUCAGUGAAGUUGAAAAGUUGGUACUUCAGAAUAAGCUUUGCAAAUACCAAUGAAAUUAAGAUAAAGGAUUGUAAUAAUACAUCAAUUGUUCCUUUGGUAUGAAACCAAAAAUUCAGUCAAAACAAUUCAUGGGAAUUA